AACGUCUGAUCCCUAAACCCCCUAAAAUCCAAAAUCUUUCUCGCAGGCGAAGUGGUUGCCUCCUCCGUUAAAGCUGUGAUUUACGGCCUCGGCAGAUUCUUGAAUUCCUCGAUUCCUCUUCGUCUCUCUCAUUCAGUCCCUGUCUCUCAGACGCAAUGGUUUAUAUAACCUCUUGGGACGAGUUUCUCGAGAGAUCCGUACAGUUGUUCCGUGCCGAUCCCGAAUCUACACGGUAUGUCAUGAAGUAUCGGCAUUCGGAGGGUAAAUUGGUGCUUAAGGUCACGGAUAAUCGAGAGUGUCUGAAGUUUAAGACAGACCAAGCACAAGAUGCUAAGAAGAUGGAAAAGCUCAACAACAUAUUCUUCACUUUGAUGGCUCGUGGUCCUGAUGCGGAUACAUCAGAAGUUACAGGGAAAGAACAGAUGGAAACACAGACAACCAAGAAAGGAAGAGGAAGGAAACAAUGAAUUUGUCUGGGUGUUCUAUUUAGGUUUAUUUUCCUUGUUUUGUUUUGAAUGUAGAGAGAAUGUUUGACUUGAAGAAUGCCCUUUAUAUGAUUUUUACACUUAUUCAAAGGAAUGUCGAUAAUUUGUUCUUCUCUUUUA